AUGAGUACGAUCAACCGAGAGAACGCACGAUCACCAUCACCAGGAACCAUUAGUCACAAGAUCACAUUAGUCAAAGAUACAUUAGAUUCCAAAAGCCAUGUUAGUCCAAUGAAUCCUAAAGACAAGUUGUCUGGUCAAGACACUCAACACCGAAGUCCUCUUCGUGACAUCUACAAAGAUCCAUUAGAGUUUCCUCGUCGGUCACCAUCUGAAAAUGGUCUUGGGAUGGUGGCUUAUCAGGAAAACCAGAUUGCACCCCAGACUUUCAAGGCGCACAGUCCAGUUUCUGAAGAAGGAGAAAGAGAAAGAGAAAGAGGUGUUCGUCUAGUCGUACCACCCAAACCAGAACAGGUCAAUGCUUUACCGGAGUCCAAAGUAUCCGAUCAACACAUGGCACAGCUCCGGCACAAGGUGUACCUUGUUCGGCAAAAGCGAGAAAAGGGAGAAGAGUGCCUGAGAGCCGAAAAGAAGGAGACCAGACGACUCCAGGAAGAGGUUGAAUUGAUGGAGGAGGAGAUUGAAGAGGUUGAGAAUGAAAUCAAGGAUGUCCAACUGUCGUUUGAAUCGAUACCUGGAUAUCUUGAAUUGAAGGAAAAGGUGGACAUCACAGCUCAGGAAGCAGCAGAGACAUACCAGACCGUAGAAGAGGUCAAGGGAAUGGUUGAGGAGAUGCUGGCGAGUGAUGAAUAUCAUCAGACUCUUCAGAGACAACAAACAAUUGAUCAUUUGAUGAAUUGUAUUACCGAAUGCAUGUAUGAAAUUCAAGUCUUGAAUCCCUCUGCAAUCGCAUAA